AUGGUGAGCAAACAUUGUUUUGAAGCUCUUGACAAAAGUAUGCGUGAUGCAUGCGUGGGCCAGGAGGAUUACCAUCAGAUUUUCCAUUUGGAGGAAAAGUUAUCGUGUUUGGAGUAUUGUAAAGUGUUGAGGCUAACAAAGAACAAGAGGCUACAAAAUCAAUUAGGUGACAUUGAUAAGAUAAGAGAGUUUUCUGAUUGGAUCCUCAAGGUAGGUGAUGGAAGACUUGGAGGAACUAAUGAUGGAAAAGCUACUAUAGAUAUUCCAGAUGAUAUUCUAAUCAAGGAUGUAGCAUGUCCCAUUGGAGCAAUUGUUCAAAGUACAUAUCCGAAUUUACUUGAUAAUUUAUGGGAUACUACUUUUUUGGAAGAGAGAGCUAUAUUAGCGCCUACUAAUGAAAUCGUCUCAAAAGUUAAUGAGUAUAUCCCUUCUAUAAUGACAGGUGAUGAGAAAGUUUAUCUUAGUUCUGAUAGCAUCGAUAAAUCAAAUGGCAAUGUUGGUAGUUACAAUGAUGCUAUUUCAGUCGAGUUCUUGAACACCAUUAAUUGUUCUGGUGUACCAAAUCAUGAGAUUAGAUUGAAAAUUGGAUCACUUGUGAUGCUGCUAAGAAACAUUGAUCAAACAGCUGGCUUAUGUAAUGGUAAACGUUUAAUCGUAAAUCAGUUAGGUCAUCACAUUAUUGAGGCGACAAUUUUGUCAGGAUGUAGAAAAGGAGACAAUGUUUUUAUUCCAGUUCGUCUACAAAAAAGGCAAUUUCCUUUGUUUCUCUGUUUUGCAAUGACUACCAAUAAAAGUCAAGGACAAUCUUUGAAACACGUUGGAUUAUUUCUACCAAAACCUGUAUUCAGUCAUGGUCAACUACACGUUGCAGUAUCUAGAGUUACAAGUAGCAAAGGACUUAAGGUCUUAAUAUGUGACAAAGAUAACAAUAUUUGUACGUCAACUCAUAAUGUAAGAAGUGUCUCAAAAUUUAUAGUGUAA